GAGGGGGACAAGGCAGGAGAUGGCCGACUAGGAGGCAACGUUAGCUAUUACUACUUCGUUGGCGAGAUUCCUUUUACAUAACACAUCUUUGUAUCUGAAGUGUGAAGAGGACGCUUUAUAUAUUUCGCUCCUCUUCCACAAUGGCAGAACAAAACAGCAAUGUCAGAUAUCAAGAGCUGGUGAAUGAGGAGGAGCCGGCCCAGUCAUCCCAGGAGGGUCCUGCCCCGGAUGCACCACCACCCUACAGCAGUAUUGCUGCAGCAAAUGCAGCUUUCUUUGAAUACAAGGAAGAUGGAGGAAGAUUUCCCAACCCUCCAUCCUACAGCGUUGCCACCACUUUGCCAUCCUAUGAUGAAGCUGAGAGAAGCAAAGAAGAGGCAGCCAUCCCCCUGGUCACUGGAAGAGUCACGGAGGACGACUUUGUGGCCAGAGAUGACUUUGAGGAUGCUGACCAGCUGCGAAUAGGAAAUGAUGGCAUCUUCAUGCUCACUUUCUUCAUGGCAUUCCUCUUCAACUGGAUCGGCUUCUUCUUGUCGUUCUGUUUGACCACAUCAGCCGCCGGUAGAUACGGGGCCAUCUCUGGCUUCGGUCUGUCCCUCAUCAAAUGGGUUCUCAUUGUCAGGUUUUCUACCUAUUUCCCUGGUUACUUUGAUGGACAGUACUGGUUGUGGUGGGUGUUCCUGGCUCUGGGCUUCAUGCUGUUCAUCAGAGGCUUUGUUAACUACUCCAGAGUGCGUAAACUGGCUGAUCCCACCUAUGCCACUCUUCCCCGAACAAGGGUACUCUUCAUCUAUUAGAGGAUGUUGGCUGUGGAAAAACUGGACAUGACUGACACAAGCAGCAACUCCGUGAAGACUUUCAAACUUUACGUGAAGACAGAACUCGGCCAGACAAGUUAUAGAUGAAGACAACUCUCAAUAAAAUAUUCAGGAAUUAUAUCACUUGUUUUAUUUUGUUUUGAAACUUUAUUAAUGGAGAAUGGUUAACAGUGAUAGUCCCUUAAUGUAUUCAUUAGUGGCGAAUGUUAAGUGCUAUUUACAUCUGUCUGUAAUGUAUAAGUAAUGCCUUAUAUCAUUUGAUGGUAGCAUAUGAGCAUGCAUCUGCCCUUAAGGUCAAUAAAUAGGGGGAGUCUCAUGUUGGUGACACUUGAAGCCAACAGGUAUUAGUUAAUACAACACUCCGUAGACUUGCCAUAGCAUGCAGCACACUUUAUAAUCUGCACUAAUCUCACUUCAUGGUUUUAUUGUGACUAUUAUAGGCUGUUUUUUAGAUACCACAUACACUUGCAGAGCUUUCAUUAGGCUGUAAAUGGUGAUUUAUGGAUUAGCACGUAUUUCACACCUGUUGGCUUUAAGUAGUGUUGCCCUUUUUUUUUAGCCAGGAGGGGGCAGAGUUGCCUGCUGCUUCUAAGGUGUUAGAAACUGUCCGGUGAGGGCAUCGUCUCAUUGUACAUGCUUGUGAUUCAAACACAGUGUCAGUGGAGCGCACCAAAAUUACAUCCAUGUUUCAGAAGGUAUGAUUUUACCUGGUAAAUGUUUUGUUGUGCAUUAAAUCAGGUGAAACUAUCCACUUUGGAAAUCGAAUUUAGGUUACAGAUAUGAUCUUAGAUGCUGCAGUUUGUCUUGUUAAACACAAACGAGCCGCAGCCCCGAAACCAGAUGGCCACAAAUGUCCAGUUACAAACCCCGGAGCAGCUUGGUUAACAGUGAAGGGGACACCAACUGUUUUGGACAUUUGGAGCCACAAAGAUGUUUGGUUUUUUUUGUUUUUUUUAAUGGGCAUGUGAGCACAUUUUCUGGCUCAUGCCCUUUGAAUAGCUCAUUUAGAUGUAACAGCUUGACCUUUCCAUGACUGUUCGGUGAGUCAGUGGAGUCUGCGUCUCAUUCAUUGUCAGUGAAAAGCUCUGUGAUGAUAGAAAAGAGGCUUGGCUGUCUGGAUUUCAGCUGUUAAUGAUCUCACUCAGACAUUUCAGAUGAUCUAAGAGCAUAAAAAUAACUCUAUUCCAUUUUCAGGAGGGUUUUGCCUUAAGAUUUAAUCGACAGAUGGGGAUGGGAAAUCUGUUUUUUUUUUUUUUUUUUUUUUUUUUAAUGAUUCAUAAGGUGUAAGAUUUUAGCUGUCGUGUGGGUAUCAAAACUAUAUCGAAGAAUGUUGAAUGCAGGUGCACUUUUAGAAAUAUGACCAAUAAAACCCAGAGGACGUUUCCAUCGUUAUUUGAAACCGCAGACAUAUAAAACAAGGAAUGAGUGAUGCAGCGGUGCAGGAUUGCUUUUCUGUUUUAUACUGUGGAGGAAACAGCAUGUCAGGGUAAUGCAGUUUUUGAACAUCUAACCAGUGUCGACAGUGGGAGGAGUUAAUAUGGGUAUUAGCGUGGCCCAGCAAACUGAACUGUUUGCCUCGUCAGUUAACUUCAUACUUCUGCCAUGGCUUUGAUACAGACGGACAUUAUGCUUAUUUCUAUGUGGUGUAGAGCUGCAACCUUUGGGUUUUGUUGAUAUGAAUCUGUACAGAAAACAUUUAGUGUUAAAUAAAUGUCACUUUUAAUGCGUGA